AUGGUCGUCCUCCAAGCAGCAUCUCUCGCGGAAUUCACGAAUCUCCUCUCGGCAAACACAUACGUCGUCGUCGACUUCUACGCAGACUGGUGCGGGCCAUGCCACGCAAUCAAGCCCAUUUACGAGUCCCUCUCUAACGCCCACGGCCAGCCGGGCUCCCUCGCCUUCGUCAAGGUCAACGUCGACGCCGCCCAGGACAUCGCCCGCCGCUACGGCGUCACGGCCAUGCCGACUUUCAUGUUCUUCGAGAACGGCCAGCCCUACAACGGCGGUCGGAGCGUCGUGCGCGGCGCCGACCCUAGGGCCCUGCAGGCCACCGUCCAGGAGCUGGGCGGGCUUGCCAGGAAGAAGGCCGCCGAGACGGCCGCGAAAAAGGCCGAGGCCGAGAGGAAGAGGAAAGAAGCCGCUGCAGAGAAGGAGGCUAAGCCAGACAACGGUUCCACCGUCUCUGGCGGCUACACCCUCGGCGGCAACACUGGCGCAAGGUCCGACUGGAAAAUGUCCUUGAGGGGGUGA